ACGUCAGCGCCAUCGCCGUGGCAGCUUUAGGCUGAGACUGAGAAAAUUAAGAAACGGGAAUGGCCGAGAUUGUAAUCCCACCCAACAUAGAGAAUCGUAAAGACUAAAUGUGACAACGACUGGAUCCAGUCUGCCUUCCCAGAGCGAUCAGAGAUAAAGCUGACUGAUGUCACGGCCGCGAUGCUCCUCGGGUGUCGGCAUGGAUGUAAGAUUUUUUUGCAGCGGAAGGCCGGACCGUGAGGAACGCUGGGAGAGGUAGUUCUCCGUGCGCCGACGGUCCUAUCGAGCGAUGCGACAACUACAUUGUGAGGACUACAAUACCCGCCAUGCAUUGGCGGCGUGCCGCCAUCUUCCUUACUCGUCCUUCUCACCUCCCCCGCCAUUCCCCUAUGCGUCAGGCGGUGAUGUUUACUACGCCAUGAAUACGCGUCAAAAGAAGCCAAACGGGUGAAAACACAGAAAGGUAAAAAGGGGAAAAAAAGUGCAAAAGUGAUCUUGAGGAAAUUGCAGGAUAUCCGAUCAACACUCCUGCCGUGAAGUGAAAUCGCUUCCAAUGAAGUUUGGCGGUGGUCCCGGUGGAGGCCGCUAUCGCCAAGGUGUCCGGUAAACGACGCAGAGCUUCUUUCCCCCUCCCACUCCGUCCCCCCUCCUCCCCGCAACUUGGAAGCACAGGUUUGCACAGCCUUGCAUUUUUCUCCUUUACCCGCCCUCGGCCUCAAGAUGGUCGCUCGGAGCGGAGUUGCCUUGUGGCCGGGCCGUUCAACGGGGCACCGACCAGGACCCAGCGAGUGAGGGCACUGGAAGAAGCUCCUUCUUUAGGAAAAAGCAACGCAGCUCUCCACCGACCGGCCCUGGAGACUACGCUCCAUCCAAUGGCUCCUUGAGAAACCUACACGGCAACGCAUAUUAUUGGGAGAUUUUUAUGCACGUUGAUUAUUUUUCUUUCUUCUAGUUUUGUCUCGGAACUUUUUUCUGCCCCUUUGCCACUUCUGUGAAGUGGAGGAUCUAAUGGGUUCUUAAUCCUGUAGGAACCGAAUAUAGAGCUAUCAGGGAUUCAUUUUCACUUGUUCUAUUACACUGCCUUUUUUUAACAUCAAUUGAAAGAAGAUUCUGUAUUCCACUCGAGAAGGGACUGCAAACGCACCAUUUUGGAGGUACUUUUAUAUACAAGAGGAGAUCGACCCUUUUUGGGAAUUUCACCGAGUUUCUGAAUUCCGGCGGAGCUUGGCGAAGUUACUGGCUGCUAUAAGCAUUUUCUGUGUAUUAACAUAUUAUCGAAGAUCGCCAUGACAGGCUGAUGCAUCCGAUAAAAGAUAAUUUCAUGAACUUCGCUUUCAAAACUUAAACCUGAUUCUGCUGGCAUGUUGAGAUCUUGUAGUAUUUUUUGGUUUAUAAUAAGCAAGCCGGAUUUUCCAUCAUAGAAAAUGCCAAAGUAUUAAAUAGUAUCUGUGUUUUGAAUACAGAGCAUGUGUAAGUACUGGAAACCUAUUACAGUGUAUGCCAGUUUUGUUCCUGUCGAUUGGAAUUAUGUUGUUUUAAAUACUGGGAACUGAAACGGGCCAUAGUUUGAAGUCAAAGUUGUAACUGGUGAAAAGUGCCAGCAUACUUGCUUGUGUGCUUGUUAUAACCUUAUUGGACUUUGUGAAUAACUGGGAGAAUACCUGGAUGUUUUUUUCCCUUCAAUAAAGGUGCAAAUUUUUUAAAAUUUAAGAUGUGGAACAUUUGAAUGAAAUGAAAAUUGCAUGCAUUUUAGAGGAUUUUUGCCAUGGCCUUUUUAUUUAAGAAAAAGUAAUAGCCAUCGUGUCUGAAUCUAAGUUUUGUUUUAUAUUGUACAACAUCUUAUCAAUUAUGGCUGAAGAAACACCACCAGCUGAAAUUGAUCCAGAUUUUGAACCGCAGAGCCGGCCCAGAUCCUGCACCUGGCCUUUGCCGAGGCCAGAUCUGACAACUGUCAAACAGGAAGACUCUGCCUCAGGAACCCCCACUGAAGAAGAAAAGCAGGAUGUUUCUGAUUCUAGUGCUGUAAAAUCGGAGAGUGAGACUGGUCUGAAUGCAGAGGUCUGUACCCAAGUUGGUGCAGCAAAUGCUCAGCGGAAGAGUUCUUCUAGAAGGAAUGCCUGGGGUCAUCAAUCUUAUGCAGACCUCAUCACUAAAGCAAUUGAGAGCUCUCCUGAGAAGAGGUUGACACUGUCUCAGAUCUAUGACUGGAUGGUCAAAUCUGUGCCUUACUUCAAGGACAAAGGAGAUAGCAACAGUUCAGCUGGAUGGAAGAAUUCCAUUCGACACAAUCUUUCUCUGCACAGUAAAUUCAUCCGGGUCCACAAUGAAGCUACAGGGAAAAGUUCUUGGUGGAUACUUAAUCCUGAAGGUGGGAAAAGUGGGAAGUCACCAAGGAGACGAGCAGCAUCAAUGGAUAAUAACAGUAAACUUGUAAAGAGUAAAGGAAGAGCAGCUCGGAAAAAGGCCACCCUCCAAGCAACCCAAGAGGGUUGUGGUGAUAGUCCUGGUUCACAAGUUUCAAAAUGGCCUGGAAGUCCCUCUUCUCGUAACAAUGACGAUUCUGAGGCUUGGACUAGCUUUAGGCCAAGAACAAGCUCAAAUGCAAGUACAUUAAGUACAGGGCGUCUGUCCCCAAUAAUGCCAGAACAAGAGGAUCUGGAAGAUGAUCUCCAUUCUGGACUGGCUUAUACUAGCACUGCAAGCAAGUUACCUUCAACCCUAACUGAAAAUAUAAUUGAAGAGCUUGAACUCAUUGACAGUUUGAAUCUCAUGUCCCCGUCAUCGACACUGUUGCCAACCCAGCAGUCAUUAUCCACCGGCUUGAUACAGCAGGGUUCAACCUACACAUUUAGGCAACAAACCUCAGCCACUGGAUCGCAGGCUUCUACCUAUGGGAACUCUUUCUUUGAUCCCUCUGACCUGACAUCUGUACAGAGCCACUUUAGUGUACCUGCAACACUUGAAGCGCUCUUAACUUCAGAUUCACCCACUCAUACCGAUGUGAUGAUGAGUCAAGUUGACCCUGUUAUGCCACAGACAGGUGGUCGACUAAACAAUGAAAAUCUGAUGUUGUUUAAUGUCGAAUCACUCAGCAGUCCAUCAGCAGAGUCAAAGGUUAAUCAGGCUAGCCAACGAGGAAAAUCUGCAGGUCUAUCUGCUACAUCUAUUGAUGCUAAUGCUUUACCUCACACACUGAGUAUGAUGGGACCUCCGCCCGAUGCCAGCCAAAUGCCUACUUUGAAAGCCCAGCUCCAGACACCAGUAAAUCAGACCCUGCAACUUGGCUUACCAUCUACUCAUAACUCAAACAGCAGCAGUACUUCUUCAGGGAUGAAUAUGAAUUCUGAAAAUUUUCCACGAGAUUUGGAUUUGGAUAUGUUCAUGGAAAGCCUUGACUGUGAUGUGGAUUAUAUCAUUGACAAUGACCUCAUGGAUGAUGAAGGGCUUGAUUUCAACUUGGAGCCUAUUGCCACUAACCCAUCCUAUCCUAGCACCUCACAGUCGUCCUCUCGUAGCUGGGUGCCAAGUUAACUUCUAACAAAUGCAAGACCUAAAGCAGGUUUAUUAUUCGUCAGCCAAGUUCAUCACCUCCUUUCACAAAGUGAUGGUUUGUUUUGACGUGAUCCAGGAGUUGAGUAUCUAUUCCAGUUUCACAUGUUAAGCCGUAUGUGAUGUGUUCAUCGAAGAAGGCAUUUUCUCCCUGGCAUGCAUUCCAAUUUCCAGACUACCUGAAACAGGCUCUUUAAGAAAAAAGUCUUUGAGAGAUUUUUGGAAUGCUGUUGUGCCAAUGCUGCCCAUUUGGAAACGACUAGUUUUGUUGCAUUACAGAAAGCUUCUCAGAUGAAUUUGUACAUGCUGAUGGGAGUGUUUUUUAUUUUGGUCAUGUUCCCUGUGCUGCCCUAUGAGUUCUCUCAGUAUAGUAAUUUGGAUCAUGGAAAUGGAACUGCAGAUAUACAAAAUUGUAACAGUUGAUUGAUGUGAUAUCCUCAUUUUUUAAAUACAGGACAUGUUUUAAAAGAACUUAUAGUAAUAUGUAGCAAAGUUCCCCUUUGGACUUUUGUUGAAACACUACAUGGAAAGAAGUCAAACAACCUGAAUUUUCAAGAGAAGAACUCAAACCACAUCCAAUUGAGAUAUAAGAUUAUGGGAAUAAGACAGACUAAUUGAUAUCAAGCUGUAGUAUUGGACAGGUUACAAAUGAAGUGAAAAACCACAUCGAACUGGUGAGCCUGCGGCCUGAGGAUUAUCCCCUUCUUCUCCCAUCACUUUGGUUUGUGCUCAGCAGAUGCUUUGUGCCCAUCUGAGAUUGAAAAAAGGCAGAACUGUUUAUAAAUAAUAAUGGAAGAAGAGGUGAGGUGGAAUGUGCAAUAUAUUUCAAUGAGGCAGAGAUAGUCUAUCCAGUCUUUGCCCACAUUGUCAAGACAUCAAUCCAAACUAGACCAAGCAGUCAUACCCCAAUUUAUACAAUGACAUAAUUUUUUAAAACCUCCAACAAAACUUAAAUCACACUAUCUUUGUACCUAAUUUUAUUUUGCAUUAUAUGGGUUGCUUAUGAUUUUAUCAUGUGAAACAUUUCAUGUUAUUUCCGCUGUCCACUCAAUUUUAGCAGAUUGAACUUGAAGUUAAUGUAUUCAGCAAAUUUGGACAUUUUGAGAGACAGCUUGGUUGGUUUUAUGGCGAAGAUUGGGGGAAUGUGCCAUGUCACGAACAAAGAAUGCUGGAGAAGCUCAUCAGGUCUGGCAGCUUCUUUCAGAACUGUUCUGAAGAAGAGUGAUACUUGGUUUGAAAUGUUAACUCUGUUUCUCUCUCCACAGAUGCUGACUGACCUAUUGAAUUUCUCCAGUAUUUUCUCUUUAUUUCAGAUUUCCAGCAUCUGCAGUAUUUUGCUUUUAUUAGAUGUUGUGUCACUUGGAAGACGCUGGCAUGUCGAUUUGAUACUACCUAAUUUGGGAGAAAUGCUGGGAAAAACUCUCAGAUUUGGAAAUGUUUCAUUCAAAUAUAGAGUUCUAUUUGUAAAUAUUACAUAAAUAUAACAAAUCCCCUGUCCACGUUGUAAAAUGACUUCCUCAUGGGUCAUGGCUUGAGUAAAUAAUUCAGUCUGAUGCCAGUGUAAUACAGAGGAAAUUCUGCACUCUUGAGGUGUAGUCUUUUGGGUGAGACAUUAAACUAAGGCCCCAUCUGUCCUCUAGAUAGAUGUAAAAAAAAAUUCCAAAGCACUGUGUGAAGACGACCCAGGGCAUUCUUCUGAUGACUUGACCAAUAUUUAUCCUUUACACAAUAUCACUAAAACCAGAUUAUUUCAUUGUGUUUCUCAUUGUUUGUUGAUCUUGAGGAAUGCAAAUUGGCUGCUACAUCUCCCUACAUUUACGGUAGUCAGUGUCAGGUCCCUUGUGAGAAGAUGGAAGUGUUGCUGUCUAUGAGACGGAAAACCUGGAUUCAACUCAUUACACAUCUGAACAGGUUGAUUUAGAGACAAAAAUCUGCAAUAAUGAAUACACAUCAAAGCAACUUCAUUUAACUAUAAAACUCUUUGAAAUGGCCUGAGGUUGUGAAGGUGCUGUCCUUUAGUUCACACGUUCAUAAAUAGUUGGAGAAAAGCUCAUGUGCCACACUAACACCAAUAAUUGUGAAGGAGGAAGUACAAAUAUUUGUUUGAGGUAACUGUUCUAAAAUGAACAAAUGAUUUUGUUCAUGAAGUAAUUACCUGAACUAUAACAGCUACAUCUCCAUCAUGCUAACUAGAAGAAAGUUGCAAAAAACAAGAGAUUCAAGAUUGAUUGUAGUCAUUGUCUGCAGUUGACUUCAUAAAGUGCAUGAGUGAGAUUCAAGCAGUUUAUGCUUUGCUGACUCUGUAUUGAAAUAGACCACUACUUUGAAGGCCCUCCUAAGCCUGUCUAAUAGUUUUGAAAUAAUGUACACUCUGAAGUUUAUGAGAAUGAUUUUAUUCUCUUUUGGGUUGAAUUUCUGAACAGAUGUUCUUAGUACAGUUGCACAAAGCCAGUGCACUCCUCCUCAUUGCGUGAUAAUGUUCACACUGAAGGAUUAAGAAUUGUGACCUAAUCACUGCAUGUCGCAUCAAGAAAUCUUUAUUAAUGACUGGUAAUUUUAAUACUGUGGCCAUAUAUGUUGAUAUGGUACAUGCCUGUGUUCAGAUGACCUCAAAUGCUCUUGAUCUUUUGAAUCCUGGAUUGUAUUCAUUGCUUCUUUGAAACACACUCCUUUUUGUUAACAUGCUUUUGUUAAAUGCAAAAAUCAAAUACAGUAUAUAUCAAAAAUGAAAUUAUGAAACUGAAUUGAGCAACGAUGAAAUUGCAUUGUGAGUCAAACCAAAGUUGUAUGAUUUAUUUGACUGUUCGUUCUGGUAGAUCCCAUUUAUUAGAGGUAUUAGCUAGAGUGCAAGUGCCACAAUGGCACUUGGAAGAAAGGAUAACCGUGUUUUAACAAAUUUUAAAAAAAACUCCUGGUUUGACUUCUCACCAGCCAAACUCUUGGAAUGAAGUCUGCCUCUUGCCUGUAAGGUUGCUUUAGGAAUUACUUUGUAGCUCCUAUUCAGGGUGAAAUUUCAGCCCAAAAUAUCCCUCCAAUUUAGCACUAAAUUCUGAAGCUCACUCAGCCCAUGGAGGUCUGGUGUGAGAAAUAAGGAAGAAAAUCAUUCUUGUCGGCGGGAUGUUCUUUUGAACAUUAGGCACUUCUAAGUUUUAGGCUUUACUCUAAACCCCAACUUAAAAUGUUUGGUUGUGAUAUUGUGUAUUCUAAAUGACAAUUCUUAUUGUCAGUGCUAAUGUCCUUUAGUGAUUAUCAAAAAGAACCUUACAGAAUUUCUAAAAACAGUUCCUCCCCCAUCCCCCUCCUUUCUUUACAAAACUACUCAAUCAAAGUAAAUUUACUUUGAAGUAAAUUGGUAACCCCCCUGACUUAUUUUGAAUGAAGUCCUGUGGCAAGCCAGUUACCAGCUUUGGAAAUAAUACAUACCCCCCCCCCCCCCAGUGGAAAUUACCAGCAACAAUGGUAAUAGCUUUCUGUUUGAUAGUCAUUGUGGCAUUCCAGCCUCAAUUGACAGAUUUUUCUUUUCUGGAACAGCUUUGUGCUGCAGGCACUACCAGGUGUGAUGGGUUUGUGAUAAUUUUCAUUAUGCAGAAAACAGACUCAGAAUUAUUCAGUGGAUGCUAUCAUGAUUAAUUCCCAAUUCUGCUUGCCUCAGCCACUCCAGUAUCUGUCCUAAAACCAUUUUGUGUAUAUUUAUAUGCAACUAUUCAGUCGGGGAUGAGAGACAGUUAACGUGCCAUAAAAAACACUAAUACUAGUUGCUGGGAGCAAAUAUUUUUGAAGCCUCUGCUCUUGUACUCAUUGAAAAUCUGCCUUUACCUCUCAGGGUGAUUCUGAAUAUAUGCUAAUGUCAAAAUGCACAAGGCAAGUGUGUUUUGUUUUUACUAUUUAGAUUGAUUAUAUAUGACUUGCAAAAGAGGCAUUAUGCCAGAUUCAUUUGUUUACGCAAAUCAAGUUAAUUUUCAGAUUGCAUCUUUUUAAAAAAAAACACAAUGACAGUACUUUAUUUUACCCUUGGUUUAAGUUAGCUUCAGAUUUUGCUUGUAAAUAAAGUUGUACUGCAUCUAAUAAUAGCUGUUUCAUAGCUUCAGUGUGUAUUUUCCAAGUACCUUUUAAAGUUUUAAACCUUAACUGAAACAAUUUUAAUGUGUUCUGUGGGAAAGAUCUAUAGAUCUUUCUGGCUUUGUCUUUGAGUUAAUUGUGCAGGUUAACAAAACUAGGCUUAGUCUCUCCCCCCCAAACACCCCUAACUUGAGUGUCCAUGCAGGUGUAAAAGGGUACAGAUUUUCUUAUUUUUGGAAAGAAGAGCUUAUUUGGUACUCUGCCCAUUGCUGCAGAAUUUGGGUUUAUUCCCACAAUUUCGUUUUGCUGUUAAUCUGGAGAUUUCUCCAUUUUUAGAGGCCAGAAAUAACAUUGGAGGUUGUGGACAUCUACAUUGCUUUUGCAAAUCUCUUGCUAUUACACCUUUUGAUGGAUGCUUGGAAGCAAGUUGUACCUGCUUUCCUUCAGCUAUAGAAGGUACAUCAAGCCAAAGGGCAGAACGAAGAGAAGCUGAAAGGAGAUCAAAAUUAUAUUUUUCAAAGGGGAGUUGGGAAUCUACAUACAGCAUGUAGGUAGUUCUAUCACUGGUGCUAUCCUGAACCUUCAAGAGCCUCUUUUAGUUAUUUUAAAACAGCAAUCAGAUCAUUGCUGCAUAAUCUUAUAUCUUAUAGAGACACAGUUGUGUAGAUAUGCGUUAUUGGUGAUCUCUUGUCCCCUUAUUUUAUUUUGUAAAUAAAAUGUUAGUGGGACUGUCUUGCAUAGAAAGUUACCUCUGAGUAUGGAAGAAAGAGUCCUCCAAAGAGAGUUCACGCAGCUAACCAUAUUUUCCACUUUGGUGUGGUAUAAACUGCAAGCCUCUUGGCUUUCGAGCCAGCUGAUGACAAUGCAAGGAUAUGAGAGGGCGAAAGGGAAGAAAUUGAAAGGGUAGCCAUGUUUUCAAUUUGUUAGAAUGUGUUUUUAUAAUCUGUUCAGUAAAGUGCUUGAUUUUUCAAGAUAAAGUGUAUCUUUACAUUAACAUUUUCCUUUACUUGUUAAAUUGUUGAAUAACCAGCAAGUUCCAUGAGUUCUGCCUUUUACCCAUAUAUUGAUUGAUGGUGUUUGCAGACUUCUAUAUGAAAUGCUUAAGUGCAUUAUCUCUAUAGAUAUUUUAAAAAAAUAUGCAUUUUUAAGAGUAUUCCAUACCUAUAAAACUUACAUGCAAUUGUUCCAUGUGGUACUAUUUUUGGUACACAGGGUUUGUAACAUUAAAGUAUAUUUUAUGCAAGUGUGAUAUGUUGAUAUAUUUUGAGAUGUCAUCUGUAAGAAAUAUUUCUCAUUUCAUAAAGAAGGCCACUUCACAAACUUUGUGGUUUUGUUUCUAAAUGUAUCACCACGCAAUGGUUGUUACUCACCUCAGCUGUUCUGGGGUCCUGUUGGUAAGACUUACCAUUUGGACUUUUAUUUAUCUCUCUCUUUCCUUGUUUUGCUUCUUCAUCAAAUCUCCUCCUUUUGCUUCACAAAUAUUGUUUCAAGAAUAAAAUCAAAACUACAGAUCA